CCACCGUCUUGACGAGACAGAAAUGGUUGAGGAACAUGACGUGAGACACACUCUGAGCGAAGUACAAACAGUACAUCACAUCCGCUGUGAUCAUGGACGUCCCAAUACCGUCCUUCGAAGCCAUCGCUUCGUAACUUCUGUUGACAUCAACUUGAGUGAAAGUAAUAACGAUACUGACCACAGUGGGGCACUUCUCAAGGACUUGGACCGUCUUCCAGAGGAGCUCACUGAGGACGUGAGGAAAAGGCUUCGCAAUUAUUUCAUGAAUCCGAUAGAGAAAUGGCGCUCAAGAAGACGUCUCCCAUGGAAGCUGAUCUUACAGAUAUUGAAGGUGCUUGUUGUGACGGCGCAAGUAAUCCUAUUUGGCUCUGCCAGUAUAGCCUUCCAAGAUCAGCAUAGGAACAUGAGAAUAGCUCUGGAGCGUCUUCUCUUGAAAGACUGGGACACUGCGAGAGACGUGCUGCUUUAUCCUCCUUCGCAAGGUCCAUACGCCGUGUACACAGCGGAGGAGUUCUACAGUCAUAUCGAAUACGCUGUGAAGCAUUACAUGAGGAUCAGAUCAGAAUCAAUCAAUAUAUUCUGGUACAGCUCGGAAAGUGAGGAGGUGGCACCGAUCAAAUUUUGCAUGACAACGUACAAAAGUGGAAUUGUUUGGCCCUCCAACUCAACGUUAUUUGUUGACAGCAGAGAAGCUGAAGAGUGCAUUGACUUGAAAAUUGCCUUCCCUGCUGACUCAGAUCUGUGGGAUGCGUUUUCGAUGGAGAAAGUCCUUUCAGACGCUGGUAUCGGUAUUGUGUUCGAACAACUGGUCAGUGCUGAACUCAGAUUAAAGCUCGCAACAUUACACAAGAGGACAUUUUUGGAUGCCGGGGGCCCUGACUGUUACGACUACAAUGUCUUUGUCAUAUACCAUAACUCACGACACAGUGGAGAGAUAACUGUGACAAUGAUGACAACGACAACAUUGCAACUUUGUAAAAGGAACACGACGCAUUAUCGUCCUAUCGUACGUACUGAGUGUAUGAUACAAGCGCUGAACGCUGUCAUCAUUCUAUUGUGUUUUUUCUCAGGCGUACUGUGUUCACGAUCGCUUUACAAAGCACAGACGCUGCGGGUUGAAGCUACGGAAUUGUUCGAGGCAAAAUACAAGAAAGAACUGACCUUGUCCGAUAAACUGUUGUUCUUGGAUUUUUGGCUUGUUUUGAUCAUUGUGGAUGAUUGUCUUCUAGUGAUUGGAUCUUCACUCGAGAUCGAGAUCGACGAACGAAUUACACCAGGGCUGGUGUACGACAUAUGUUCAUUGUUCCUAGGUUUGGGAACUUUAUUCAUGUGGUGUGGCUUUCUGAGAUACGUUGGUUACUUCAGGACUUACAAUAUCCUAAUACUUAGUUUGAAAAGGGCUACACCAACCGUUGUAAGGUUCUUGCUCUGUGGUGCCCUUCUUUUUUUCGGGUACGUGAUUUGCGGCUGGGUGGUCAUCGGCCCGCAUCACACUAAUUUCGAAACGGCAUCAAAGACUGCCGAAUGCUUGUUCACCAUCGCCAACGGAAACGAAAUAUUUUCAACCUUCGCAAUGAUGUCCGAGAAAGACAACGCCAUUGUGCGGUUCUUUUUCGCGGCUUAUCUUUCCAGUUUCACUAUUCUAUUUGGGUAUCUGGUCGUGUCAUUGUUUGUGACGAUAAUAGUAGACGCUCACAACAUUUUCAAGGACAAGCAAUCAGCUGGACCUUUUACUAGCACAGUCCAGCUAUUUGUGAAAGGGUGUGAAAAUGGACCUCUUAAUGAUAUGAGCUCAAGUCAGUCUCGAGGAAGUGAUGUGAAAAGUGCAGUGCCGUGUCGAUAG